AUGUCUCCUCACGCCGAGAAGACCGUCUCUCGGUUCCAUGCCACCUCCACCGACAAGGCCAUCGCCAUUGAGGAGGAGUACGCUGCUCAUAACUAUCACCCCCUCCCUGUGGUCUUUUCCCGCGCUGAAGGCGUCAACGUCUGGGACCCUGAGGGCAACCACUACUACGAUUUCCUCUCCGCCUACAGCGCUGUCAACCAAGGCCACUGUCACCCCGAGCUCGUCAAGACCCUCACUGAGCAGGCUGGUCGAUUGACGCUCAGCUCUCGAGCAUUCUACAACGAUGUCUUCCCCAAGUGGGCUGAAAAGGUCCGAAGCGUCUUUGGUUACGACAUGGUUCUGCCCAUGUGCACUGGCGCUGAGGCUGUCGAGACUGCUAUUAAGAUCGCCCGCAAGUGGGCGUACAAGGUCAAGGGUGUUCCUCAGGAGAAGGCCUGGAUCUUUGGUGUUUCAGAGAACUUCCACGGUCGAACUAUGACUGCCAUUACCUUGUCAGUAGACCCCGAGUCAAGAGAGAACUACGGCCCCUACGUUCCCAAUGUCGGUGCCAUCAACCCCACCACCGGAAAGGCCAUCCGAUACAACAACAUUGCCGAUCUCGAAGAGGUUCUCGAGGCCCACGGCAAGGAGACCGCUGCUUUCAUCUGCGAGCCCAUUCAGGGUGAGGCUGGUGUCGUUGUUCCCGACGAUGAUUACCUCGCCAAGGUCCAGGCUCUCUGCACCAAGCACAAUGUUUUGUUCAUUUGCGACGAGAUUCAAACUGGCAUUGGCCGAACUGGACGCAUGCUUUGCUCUGAAUGGGCCAACAUCAAGCCUGACCUUGUCACUCUUGGAAAGGCCAUCUCUGGUGGCAUGUACCCUGUGAGCUGCGUUCUCAGCAGCAAGGAGGUCAUGCUGGUUGUUGAGCCUGGCACUCACGGAUCUACCUACGGAGGUAACCCUCUGGGAUCCGCUGUCUCCAUCCGUGCCCUUGAGAUCAUGGAGGAGGAAGAUCUCACUGCCAAGGCUGAUAAGCUGGGUAACAUGUUCCGUGAUGGUCUCAAGGCCCUCAACACCCCCAUUCUCAAGGUGAUCCGAGGAAAGGGUCUCCUCAACGCUGUUGUCAUCGACGAAUCUGCAGCCAACGGCCGAACCGCGUGGGAUCUGUGCUUGCUCCUCAAGAGCAAGGGUCUAUUGGCCAAGCCCACUCACGGCGACAUCAUCCGCUUCGCACCUCCUCUGGUCAUUAGCGAGGAGGACCUCCAAAAGGGUCUCAACAUUAUUGCCAAGGCUAUCGAGGAGCUUCCCACUGUCGAGCCCGCCAAGCACCACUAA